CCCACUAUAAAUAUCACAACCUUCGUUUCUUCCAAUUUCUCACACUCUCUUGCUUCUUAAGCAAUCCCCAUUCACAAACCUCCUUUUUCUCUCUCCUCUGUUUUUUCUCUUCCGAAAAAUAAUCCAAUUAUGGAUUCUGGGUUUUCUUCAAAACUCUGAUUGAAAUUUGGGUUUUCGUUUUCUUUACAAAUGUCUCAAUAAUAAACCCUCAAAAAAUAAAAUUUCUUGUUUUUUUUAAAAACCUCUGUUUUUAAGCUUUUUUCUGUCAUCAAUGGCGAAGUCUGUGAACUCGUUCGCUUUACUCGACGACGACGUAGAGGAUGAUGACGUUGAAGCUCUUUUCAAUCGCAUUGUCAACAAAGCUGUUGACUCGAUGAUUCAUGCGCAUAAAGAGGAUGAAACUUCAGGUUUUGCCCGCAAUGGUAGUGGUAGUAGGAAAGGAAAAGGUCAUUGGGAUGGAAGCCAUGAUAACAGAAAUGGUUGGGAUUUUGAUGUUCAGGGAGGUGGUGGACUUGAAUGGAAUCAUAGUAGAGAUUCUUAUGGAAGUGGGUAUGCAGUUGGAGAUGGAAAAAGCCUUGAUUGGGGUCAAGGCCAUGGUAAGGAUUCUGGUGUCGAAAAUGGGUGGGGGGAUAAUGUAAAUGAGGCUUUUGGUGGCGAAAAUGGGUGGGAUAAUGUGAAUGAGGCUUCUGGUGGCGAAAAUGGGUGGGGUAAUGUGAAUGAGGCUUCUGGUGGCGAAAAUGGGUGGGGUAAUGUGAAUGAGGCUUCUGGUGGCGAAAAUGUGUGGGGUAAUAUUCAAACCGUAAAUGAUGAUGCUGGGUGGCAGGAGGUUUCGAAGAGUCAAGGGAAGGGUUAUGCUUAUAAUGACCGCGCUUUUGGAUAUAAGCAUGGUUACAAGAAUGGGAACGAUGUUGAGGAGAAGAGAGGUUAUGGGGAACAAGUUCAAGACUAUGGUGCUGCAGAUGGACAGAGGCAAUACAGAAAUGGAAACCAAAGAUAUGGUGGUGAGAGAAGAGGGUAUGUGAAUCAAGGUCAGGGUAAUAAUGCUGCAGAUGGACGAAGAUACAGGAAUGGAAGGCGGGGCUAUGAUGGUGAGAGGAGAGGUAACGAGGAUAAGGUUCAAGAUACCAAUGCCAAUUCUGAACAGCAUAGUAUGGAAGUGGAUGUAACUGAAGACAAUAGAGCUGGAGGUGAAGAUAGGAAAUACAGAAAUGGAAACCGGAAUUAUGGUGGUGAGAGGCGAGGUUAUGGUGGAAACAGGGAAAGAGGUAGGACUGAUGAUGGGCAUGAUUUUAGAGCUGUACAUAUCAAUGGUUCUGGAGGUGAUGCUGAAAUGGAUUGGGAAGCCUCAAAAGCUGCAGAAAUUGAAGAACAUAACAUUACUGAAGAGGUCUCUGAAGAUACUCGAGUCCCAGAGGAUACAGAAGUGCAGAAAAAGAAAACCGAGCUUGAGCUUAAAAAGAAAGAGGAAAUGAAGGAAGCUGCACUCAUGACUCUGGAUCAAUAUGAAAAACUGCUCUUCGAGAAGAAACAGGCGCUGAAUUCGCAGAAGACAGAAUUGAGGAAAGUGGCUAUUGACAAGGAAUUGGAGGGAAUGCGAGUGAUUGAGAAAAAGCCUGUUGCUAUCGAUGAGAUAUGGAAAUCUGCUAAGGACAAGCAAAAGAAGAAAAAUAGUCCCAAGAAUCAAGCAACAGAGACUUCAAAGACAGAAGACAAUGGAGAGGUUACUGAGAGUGAUGUAAAUCUGAUAUCUGAGCAGGAAAAGCUGCAGAACGAUGGAAGCCUUGAGAAGAAGGAAAAGAGCUGUAAAUUUGUGGCUGUCGAGGUACAUGAAAUCUUCAAGCAAACUUUCCAUCGUCGGAGUUCUGGUGGAAGGGGGCAAGGGCGUGGUGGUCGUGGUGAGCAAGGUAGCUUCAACGACCGGACUAACAGUGAUACUGCUGGACGCACACCUGCACGUGCUCCUGCUUCUAGGCGCCCGCGCAUUCCAACUGACAAAGAUUUUCCUGUCCUGGGUGCUACUCUUCCUACUCCUGUGAAACACUCUACUUAGUUAUCAUUCUUCCUAGUUGGUAGACCAAUUGAGACAGCAAAUAUUAGUCCUCCUUAGCUGGUUUUUAGAAUCCUUAGGCUUGGUUUAAACAUUAUACUUUUUUAAACAUUAUACUUUAGAAAAAGUCAAAUGUUUUUAACAGUUA